AUGUCCUCACAGGCUGUUCCGGACACCCAGCUAGGGCUCACCAACGAGGAGAUCCAGCUGCUUCGCCAAGGGCAGGCGGCACUGGGAGGGGGGUCCAGCAGCUCGCGCGCCGCUAGUCGCGCCAGUAGCCAAGGCCUUCUACUACUCGACAGCUCCUCACUUUCUGCUUUAGGCCGUUACUUUGAUCAUCUUAUGGCUAGUAUCGAACAACGGAUUAAUUACCUGAGCCAUGAAGCGCAGCGAUUCACCCAACUGCAAUAUGACGAAGCUGAUGGAAUAAUCGGCGGCGCUGACGCAGAAAUUGCUCGGUAUACCGAGAUUCUUCAGCAGCUGGAUGAGCUCGAGGUAGAUUUCGACCGUAUCGCCCAUAUCAAGGAGAUUGUGAAGGGCUAUCGCUCAAGAGUUGAAACUCUGGAGCGGGAUCUCGAGAGUAGUGGUAGCUCGAGCCGACACCGACACUCUUCGUCGCACCAUUCAUCCUCUCAUCGCAGCCAUGGUCACUCUCAUCGUCACAGCAGUUCUCAUCGUUCACGGCACUAA